CCCUGGGCAAUAGGGGAUCAUGGGGCCCCUGUGUCCUUGCCCAAACUCAAAAAAGCCUAUGAAAAAGGUACCAGGGGCAUCUCAUGGGCCCCCUACUGACCCCCCGGGCCCUCGGGCAGUGCCUGAGUUCCAAAUGGUCAGGCCGCCCCUGGUCUGUUUGUACAGUAUGUUCAUAUGAAGUGAGCCAAAGUCAUCUUUAUGUGACCAGCAAUUUUAUAUAAAGCUAAACCAGUCUAAAAUAGAUCGUAUUUUUGUGUUGAUGCCCAAAGUAUAUAUCAUCGAAUGACUAUUCAUAUGCUUCUGUAAAACUUUUUUUUUUUUUUCAAACUCUUUAUCAUCAUUUUAAGCUAAAAUCAGGUUUUUUU